AGAGCUUCAUCCGCAUAUCAGCGGUUCGGGCAGCUCAGGAGGCUGCAUCCAACCGGCAACCAUGAAGUUCUUUAUUGACGAUCUGCCCGUUCUCUUCCCAUAUCCGCGUAUAUAUCCUGAACAAUAUGCAUACAUGUGCGACCUCAAGAAGACCCUCGAUGCAGGGGGUCACUGUGUGCUCGAGAUGCCCUCAGGCACAGGGAAGACGGUAUCUCUGUUAUCGUUAAUUAUUGCUUACCAACAGCACUAUCCCGAGCAUCGAAAGCUGAUCUACUGUUCGCGAACAAUGUCGGAGAUCGAGAAAGCCUUGACGGAACUCAAGGAGCUGAUGAAAUACCGGACUUCACAACUUGGUUACACUGAGGACUUUCGAGCUCUAGGGCUGACUAGUCGAAAGAACCUGUGUCUUCACCCGUCUGUCAAGAGGGAAAAGAGUGGUGCCGUGGUCGACGCUAGGUGCAGAAGUUUGACUGCAAGCUUUGUCAAGGAAAAGAAGGAAAAAGGCGAGGAUGUCGAUCUCUGUAUAUAUCACGAGAAUCUCGACCUUCUCGAACCUCAUAACCUGGUGCCGCCAGGAGUUUUCACUCUUGACGGGCUAUUAAAGUACGGAGAGCAGCACAAGCAAUGCCCAUAUUUUUCCGCACGGCGCAUGAUGCCGUUUUGCAACGUUAUUAUCUAUUCUUACCACUACCUCCUUGACCCUAAGAUUGCAGAGAGAGUAUCGCGCGAGCUAUCGAAGGAUUGCAUAGUUGUUUUCGACGAAGCUCACAAUAUUGACAACGUCUGCAUUGAAUCUUUGAGCAUCGACCUGACGGAAGACUCCCUUCGAAAAGCUACAAAGGGCGCAAGCAAUCUUGAGCGGAAGAUCCAGGAAAUGAAAAGCACAGAUGCGGAGAAAUUACAGAACGAAUACUCAAAGCUGGUGGAAGGACUUCGAGAAGCGGAAGAAGCUAGAGAUGAGGACCAGUUUAUGGCAAAUCCUGUUCUACCGGAUGAUCUUCUCAAAGAGGCUGUCCCGGGUAACAUACGCAGGGCAGAACAUUUCGUUGCCUUUCUGAAAAGAUUCAUCGAGUACCUGAAGACUCGAAUGAAGGUCACGCAUACGAUCUCCGAAACGCCACCAUCCUUCCUCACCCAUUUGAAAGAUCUGACGUACAUAGAACGGAAACCAUUAAGAUUUUGUGCUGAACGUCUCACUUCGUUGGUCCGAACUCUGGAACUCGUCAAUAUAGAAGAUUAUCAGCCCCUCCAGGAAGUCGCCACAUUUGCGACACUUGCUGCAACCUACGACAAAGGUUUCCUACUCAUAUUGGAACCAUUCGAGUCGGAGACAGCCACAGUACCAAAUCCUAUCUUGCACUUCACUUGUCUGGACGCGGCCAUUGCAAUAAAACCGGUCUUUGACAGGUUUAGCUCGGUUAUCAUCACGUCAGGAACAUUGUCUCCUCUGGAGAUGUACCCCAAGAUGCUUGGUUUCACGACCGUUCUUCAGGAGUCCUACAGUAUGACUCUUGCCCGUCGCUCCUUCCUGCCAAUGAUCGUCACACGUGGUUCCGAUCAGGCACAGAUAUCGUCGUCUUUCCAGAUCCGUAAUGACCCAGGUGUCGUGCGGAAUUAUGGUAGUCUAGUGCUCGAGUUCGCUCGCAUUACACCCGAUGGAGUUGUUGUGUUCUUCCCCUCUUAUCUCUACAUGGAGUCCAUUAUCAGCAUGUGGCAAGGAAUGGGAAUCCUGGACUCUAUAUGGAACUACAAAUUGAUCCUUGUGGAAACUCCCGAUUCCCAAGAAUCUUCACUUGCUCUCGAGACAUAUCGCACGGCGUGCUGCAAUGGACGCGGAGCUGUCUUGUUUUGUGUCGCCCGAGGAAAGGUCUCCGAAGGUAUCGAUUUCGAUCAUCAUUACGGACGCGCUGUGAUUUGCAUUGGCGUGCCCUUCCAAUAUACAGAAUCACGUAUCCUGAAGGCUCGCCUCGAAUUCCUCCGGGAGAACUACCGCAUCAGGGAGAACGACUUCUUAUCCUUCGACGCAAUGAGACAUGCCGCGCAGUGUCUGGGUCGUGUCCUUCGUGGCAAGGAUGAUUACGGAGUCAUGGUUCUGGCAGAUCGCCGUUUCCAGAAGAAGCGAACCCAGCUCCCUAAGUGGAUCAAUCAAGCAAUGCUCGAGAGUGAAACAAACCUCAGUACCGAUAUGGCCGUCGCAACAGCUAAGAACUUCCUUCGGACGAUGGCGCAGCCUUUUAAAGCCAAAGAUCAGGAGGGAAUCUCCACCUGGAGCCUCGCAGAUCUAGAACGUCAUCUCCAGAAGCAGAAGAUGGAAGAGGAACGUCUCAUGAGAGAAGCCGCCGUCAACGCUGUAGCUGGUACGAACGGCACAAGCGGCGUCGGUGCUGUCCAACGAGACGAAUUCGACGAUGAUAUCGAUGAAGAGCUGAUGAUGUUGGACGCAGACUAAUUUAUUAUCCUUACUUACUUUUGCUGAUUCCGUUUUGUAUUAUUGGAGACUGGGGGAAAGUUUUCUAUGAGCAUUUUCAGGCGUCUUAAAUCUACUUCUCUCUUGUGCGAUAUUAUGAGAUCAUGAUACCACGGCGGUCCUUAGGUGUUUCUGGAAGAGGAAAAAGAAAUGAGGAAAACUUUGAGAGAAAAUUGGGAUUACUUCUCAGCGCUGCAUUCAACAAGGUACUACCUGAGUUAUCGAUUCUACGUUCAUUCAUUCAAACAGAAAGAAAUC